AUACAAGUUUCCUUCAAAGACACUGUGCGCAAACAUACUGUACUGUUGUUCACCACUGACAGGACUAGCGUCAAAGAGUGCGAGAAAUAUAGGACAGUAUGGCAUCCAUUUCAACUGAAGAGAAUACACAGUGCAGCCCCCAGUUGCUGUUGGUGGGAGAAAAGGAUAAGAAACGUCUUCUAGAAGUGUAUGUCAAGCGAAGUUUAAGCCUCAACGAUGGAACACAAGGUUCUUUGAGACAGCAGCAAAAAUCACACAAAUGGAUCACUAUAGCGGAGCAGAGGGAAAGGGACCGCAAACAUUCCAGUGAUACAUCCCUUAACUUGAGUUCACAGACCUCCAUCUCAGAGGAAGACCUUAGGAUAUUCAAGUCAAUACCUGAACCAGAGGUGGACAAAAUUGUUGAGACGUCGUCUGAGAAGAAAUCCAAAAAGUGGAAAAUUAAAGGCAGUCUGCAUCGCAACAAUGGCUCCAAUACAUCGCAGAAGUCCAACGGCAAGCCCAAGAAGUGGUUUCAACUUUUGGAUAAGGACAAGGAGGAGGGUAGGAGAACAACGGAGGUUUUGCCCCCCCAAGAAAAAACAAAUAAUGUUGGCGAUGUUCAUACAAAGUUGUCAGACAAACUGGAGUCUUCUACCGAGAAGAAGAAGGAUAAAGAAAGCAAGAGGAUGAAGAAUCCCUCACUAUGGAAGAACUUCUUGAGUUUAUUCUCUGGAAGAAAUGUUGAAAAGGAACAAGAUCAUCACAGAGUUAAAGAAGCUCUCCCUCCUUCAGGACCCUCAACACCCCAAAAGUCGUGUUUACCUCUACCUGAAGCCUUUUCAAAAGGGGAAGUUGGCAUGCAUCGUUCCAAAGUUUCGAAGAAGAAACAGUCCCACAAGAGAUCAUUAAAAUGGAGGCGAAGUGGAGAUAUGUCUAUAGGUAAAUCUGUUGAGAUGGUGGAACUAAAUAGCUCCUACUACGAGAAAGUGUCAGAGGAACUGGAGAGGAUUGUGCAUGAAGUGAAAGACGAUGGCAAUCCCAGUUUUAAACCAACAGUCAAGAAUGGUGUAAACAUUUCACAGGAAGAGGCAAUCAAAAGGAUCACAGAACUGAUAAAACAGGAAGGAGACAUAAUAGAUAAUAAGCUGAAGGAAAACAGCUCUGUGAGCUCUUUUCUGGAAAGUUCAUUUUCCUAUAGAUCCUUCCAGCAGAUGGCUGACCAGUAUGUCCAGUCAGAAGUUCCAAAUAAGAAAAUCCUCCCGACCGUCAUUGCACCAGAACUAGUGAAAUUUGCCUUCACGCUGGACUUCACAGCCAGAGUGGCUAUUCUCCAUCGGCAAGCAACAGGCCAUAUCAUGGGCUUAGGGAACCAGUAUCUCCAAGAUCGUUUUACUCAUAUGAGUGAGAGCCAUCCACAUCUUACUGACAUUAAAGCAGACGAACAGAAAACAGUGAACUAUGACCAAGACUUCUUAAGCUUAUAGAAGUUUAAGAGUCUAUGUAAAAUCACUUUGCUGCUUGGUACACCUUUGAAAUGUAGCGACACAAAAACAAUGUGAACUUUUAAAACUUAUACCACCAAGUUAAAGCCAUUAUAAAGGAUUUUAAAAUAGUACCUCAUCCAGGAAAUGGACAAUAUUUCUGAACAAACAUAAGCCACCAGCAAGAGUCUGAAUUUGGAUGUUUUGUGAACAAAUCUUUGAAAUGGGAAAGGUUAACUUAUAAGCCUUAGUGUGUUUCUUAAUGUUGUAGAUUUAUGCAAUUUUUAGAUUUUAUAUAUAUAUAUAUAUAUAUAUCAAGCUACAGAGAUGUGAAUUUAACAUUAUGUUCACAAAAUAUGCAAAAUAGUUUUCUGUUUAUAUUUUAUAUAUUUUAAUUAAUUUAUGAAACCUAUAUUGCAGCAAAAUAUUGUAAGCUUAAUAAGCUCAUAUAUGUUUUUGAAGAUAUGUUAUAAAAGUAAAGUCCUUUUGAAAGGUGCUAGAAACAGAGCAAGCAUGGAGACCAAAGACAGAAAUUGCAAAAUCAGAAAAUUUGAAAAAUCCAGAAAUGAGAUCUAAGGGCCGAAAAGAUCAAAAUCUUGUCUAAUCAGACUUUGCAUUCUGGGUACUUAGUUCUUGAAGUGCAUGUAUGUACUUUUCAAAGGACUGGUUUUACCUGUUGGGUAAAAGGCCUUUCAGGCAGGGUGUAGGUGAAUCGCAGGUGUAUAUUUAUCUUGUCUUCAUUCUCUGCCAACACUCAGGGCACGAAAAGGAAUUUGUUUCACCCAGCACAAAAAAAUCAGUUUGGUUCCAACAAACACUUACAAUAUUUGUUGAAUGACAACAGCGGUUCUUCUGACAUAUUUUACUUUCAUUUCUCAAGAUCAAACCUAUAGAUUAAUCCAAUGAUAGCUGUAGUGAACAAAAUGUACGGCAGUAUGGCAUAGUAAAUGAGACGACAGGGCAAGAUGUUGUUGUGAAAAGUUCAGAUGCCAUAUUGUUCUACUAAGUGGCACAGCAAUGCUGGAGUAAGAGAGAGAUUUUAUCUUAUGUAUAAAACAUGAUUGAAAUUAUUUAAUCAUGUAAUUAUGUUUAUAGUAUGCAUUAAUAGCACUACACAGAGUGCUAAUGCAUCUGUCAUGGGCAUUUACCUGUCUUAAUUACUGUACCUUAAUUUGUUACAUGCUGCUAUGCAACUAGGCUCAUUUGUUGCAUUUGCAUAAUCACACUUUCACAUAAAGAGCGUCCCAAAUCACACGCUUCUGCACUAUUCUACACAUUUUAAGUAGUGCGAGAAGUAUGUUCACACUGUAGAAUGUUAGACACUAAAUGCACUCAGCCCUUGCUGUUCUGACAAUACAAUUGUAAUUAUUGGUAAAUGUGGCAAUUAGUGAAACUUUUGUGAAGAUGGCACCUUACAAAUGUGAUUUAAAUGCUUUACCAUCACCCCACGCUGUGUGAAUAUGUACAUUAUUAUUUGAGAUAUAAGAGUUGGAUUGAGUUUUGCUAAUGCACUGAAACUAAUGGCAACAGAUUGGAUGUGUUUGAAACAUCACUUCCAUCAGCUAAUAAAUAGCGAGUGCUUCUGUGUAGUAAAUAAAAAUUAUGUUCCAUUUGGGGACAGUACUACACUUAGAAAAUGUGUAAUCUAAAAGGGCGAGUGCAUAGUGUAUAGUGCAUCAUAUGGGACAGUCUUUUGUUAUUUCCUUAUUCCCAUUAGCUGCAUUUUAAUUCAAGUAUUGUCAGAGUAUGUACUGCAUUUGACAAAAAAUUUACUUCUCAGUUAAUAAAGUACUUUUUAGGUAUGCAGAUUAGUAUGAAUACAUCUGUGCACAUAUAUCUCAUACGGGUACAUGGGCAUUGUCCCGUGACCUGAAUAUAUGAAGUAGUAGCAACAACCGCAAAAAUUAUUUACUCUGGUUUUGUUCAACAAGUACAAUUUUAUAAAGGAACAACUUUUUUGUUAUAUAAAGCACUUAGAUUUGAAAAGUGUCUGUGAAUUUGACGAUUCAUCCCGCUGAAUGUAGGUAAUCCAGGUAUCUGUUGCUGAUUCGGACAUUACUCAUUUGACAUACUGCUUUUGGCACACUACAUAGUAAGGAAGUAUGCAUAUUCGGACACAGAGAUUUACUUAAUUUAUUCUUAUUUAUUUAGUUUAGCUUAAUUUAAAUUUUACAAGUGCUAAUUCAAACUGACUUGCAGGUAAAGCACUGCCUAUAAACUGUGUA